AUGACUCAAAGUCCGAAAUGUGGUCCUCCACCGGUGGUUUCCAAUGCUGUUUUAAAAGAAGUAGUGCAUGAUAGCGGGGAUGUUUAUACAGCUUACUAUACCUGUAAUACUGGUUUUUAUUUCCCUCUGGUAAAUACUUCAACAUGCUAUGGUUCGAAAUGGUCAUCGGGUGUCCAUAGUAAAGCCUUAGAAUCCUGUUCUGAUCUCAAACAAUGUAAUCUAGCGUAUAAGGACGGGGAAUAUUGGUUAUAUCCCGGCGUAUAUGGCAAUACGAAGACUAAAAUAUACUGUUAUGGAAUGAGUGGCGGGGCCCCUAUGGAAUACGUUACGUUAGUGAAAAGUAAUGUAAUGGAAUUCCCACUCGGAACGUAUAUUAAGAGUUCGGGAUGCAAGGUAAAGACUGCAGGAUCCACUAAGCAGGGGAAAGUCCAGUUUCAUAAAGUUAGAGUUCUACCCGAGAGCAUGAGGAUUCAAAAUGCUGAUAGGAGAUUUGCAACUCAAGUAUAUGGUCAGUUAGAGCUGAAAUAUGGUUAUGCUGGUGCCUGUUCGGUAUAUGAUACAUCAAUAUGCCCACAAAGAGGAACGGCAAGAAUAGAUGUCACGUCGACGGGGCUUAUCUUUGGAGCAUCGAACGAAUGGUUGGGAAAAGGAUGGCAUGAAAGGUUUGCUGUUGUUUCGAGGACAGAUCAUAAGAUUGCUGUAACAGGUGAUGGCGGAUGUGGCGGUGCGGAACCAAAAGAACCAAUCAAGCUAGAGCUAGAUCCAUAUUACAGUGAGAUAUUUAAAAAUCUUUUGGAAAUCUGCAGUAGCGUUUCUAGUAAUUGUUACGUAGGAAAGGGGGAGGGUGGGGACCCUCCAUUGAAUUCGGCAACAGAACCAGUUUGCGUGUAA